CAGGCAUCUUUGUUGAUUUCAUUGUCUUGUGAUGAUGAAACUGUACAGGUUUGCGCAAUCAUUUAAAUUUUUGGCGGGUUUUAUCUGAAACAGGAGGAGACUGAAUUUUUUGGCGGGUUUUAUCUGAAACAGGAGGAGACUGAAAUAGGCUGAAAAAGAGGAAGCAGCGUAUACAGUUGUGAGCAGCAGAAGAGUAAAGAGUCAAGACAAAGUCUUCUGGAAGAAGCAGAGAGAUGGAACGUCUAAAUGCCCGUAAUGUUGUGGAGACAUACUUUGAAGGACAUCAUUUGAGCUUGUCUGACCUAAAAGAAGAGCAUAUAACAAAUGGGUAUCUAUUUAAGAACAACAUACCUGCUUAUCCUGAAUCUGUAGAAUUCCAAGUACAGAAGUUGUCCCAUGUCACUGGGAAACAUGGGGUUGAGGGUAUUUUUCAUGAUUUAGGAUUUAGACAGCCAUUAGACACAUCCCAUUUUCUCUGGUGGGCAUUAUCAGUGUCACCUGAUGACAUACGCUCUGCCGAGCAACGUUUUCUGGCGUCCUUAUUUCCUCAUACCCAAAUUUACAACCCACAGCCCUUUCUUGAAGACUUCACCACCUCCAAGGCCUUCCAGAAAGAAUCUCCGUAUGGAAACUUCUGCUUCACAUUUUCAUUUCGAGAGCUCCUGUAUCUCUAUGGUGACCAGUUCUGUAAUGGCCCUCCAGUUCUGCGUGUUUAUGAGACGGUGUUGUACCGGCAAGAGAUUCUCUAUACCAUUGUUGUGCAUCCUGGUAACAUACAUCUUUAUGACAGUUAUCCAAGACUUCCUAAAAUUGGUGAUGGUGUGUGUGGGUACCGUGAUGGUAACAUAUGGUGGCAUUGUCAAGCCCCCUCAGAUACCUACAUGCACAGGCUUAAUGUAAACCGGCAAAAUUCCAGUGUUCAUGUAACCCCCUCUGAUGAAAAAUAUUAUGUGUGGGAUCAUGUGUGUGUAGCCUUUCACAUGGAGCCGGGGUGGGUGUUGCAUGUGGAUCAGGACAGGCUAUGUAAAAGAGUAAAUGUGUGUGAAGUGUCUCAGCCCUGUCUCCUACAACACCCAGAGACCCCAUUGAGUUUACACGAGGCUGAGAAUGUUCUAAUAAAUCUUAAAGCUAGUAUGGGCUAGGCUGGGGCUUUAAAUAAGUCAGUCCAUAGUGGAUACAGAUAUUACAUUCACGUGAAAAAAUUAGGAAUAAUGAUGUCACUUGUACAAGUUACAUCAUUAAUAACACCACUAUUAAGAAAUAGUGUAAAUAGUUGUCAUAAUUAGAACAAAUAUUUGAGGAGCUCAGAUUCAAAAGACGUUAAAUGUCACCUCCGUGAAAAAUAAGAUAAAGAUAUUAACCGAAUACUCUCAUAAUGUAUUUUAUGUUCAUCACUUCAAAUCCGCUUAAUCCCCACAACAAAGUAAUCUUAAAUUAUGAAUAUAUUUACACUGUAAUGAUCAAUAUGCAUUUGCCAGAUAAUUGGCAACUUUCAUUAGGUGAUAAAAGUGAUAUGUUGACAGAACGCUCAUUUAUCAUUGAACUCUUUUCACACACCUCUGCUUUAAGUUUUUGUAAUUAGCUACUGGUUUUAAUGCAUAAGCUGUGGAGGGCACAUCAGCUUUAGCUGUCUGCUUUUUAAAUAUUUGUACAUGAGAAUGUGUUGCAUUUGAUCUAUGCUGCAUAAAUAAAGCAUUUGUAUACUUAGAACAUUUAUUUAGUUUUUUUUGUAGUUUUACAUUUGGUCUGACACCAUCUGAUACAAGUUUUGAAUGUCCACAUAGGGUAACAUAGCAAAACCACUUAAAAAAUAAUAAUAAUGAUUUUGUAUCUUUGCCUUUGAAGAAUGUAAUAAUGGGGCCUGUGUCCGUAUAACCCUUAUCUAACGCUGUGCCUUCUUGCAUUUCUCAACUGG